AAAAUUCCAUAGCAAUUAUGCAGAUUUUAAUGCUUACAAUGUUGAGUCAUGUCCAGUGCGGAUCAAAACAUUUAUUAAUAUAAAAUGACCUGACUAUAUCGAUUUUCCCUCCCAACCAGUACAUCAAUCUGCCCUUCAUUAGAAUCGCCAACAGGUGACUUGGGAUUGGUUUGGUUUGACUACAGUGAUUCCCUAACAUGGGAUAAUUUUUGUUACCGAACAUCGAUCAGAUCCAAAACUUUUGUCUUGGAGCCGGCCGCGGAUGGAUGACCGAGACACAGAGCUUCUCCCACACCCACGCCGAGUUCCUCUCACUCCAUUGAUCAGGCUCCCGCUCAGAUGGCACAGGUCCGUUAUACCCCGAUCCCACCACGUCACUCGGGUACGGUCCACCUUUUGUUACACUCAGCCAAACAAAAGAUGACCUUAUCUGAAUUUUUUAACUUGCAGUAAACUUACAAAGAGAGGGAUAAAUGUACACCGACACCUCCCAGUCGCCCAAACCGUGCACACUGAACCAUCGCUCCAACUUCGACACACUUGCAGUUUCGUCGAUCUUUGCAAUAUUGUUUUAAAAUGCAAAGCCUAUUAAUUAACAAUGCACGGUGCGCAGAAAUGCGAACCGUUUCACAGCGCUGCUCCAAAGAGAACAUGCACGCCGGUGCAAUCUUUGUUGUUCCAGACCACAGAUGCCAAUUUCCCUGAUCUUUCGGCGUCUGCUGAUUUGUUGUCUCACUUCAUCAGAACUUGGAGAAACACGGGCAGAGAAGGGAUGCAGAGUGCAACGUAAUGAACGAUCCGUCAUUAAGGACGCCGGGCUGUUUGUAAACACGGGUGUGCACCGGAGCUCGGAGACCGCGCUACCCGACACGGGCUCCACGUUAACCGGUUGCAUUGCUGCCAAACCUCCCCCCAAAUAAUCCCCCGUGCAAAACCGACUGGACUAUUUCCUGGUGAGGAAGUACACAUGAGCGGAACUGGCGAAGGACCAAAUUGUGGUCGUGGUUAUUGUGGAUUCCGGGAGAUUACUGCUGCUGAAACUAUUGGGGGAAUUUUUUUAAAAAAACAAGUCGUGUCUCAUCUGGGGGAAAAAGUGUUAUUAUAGAAUCAACGUCAGUCUGCACUGUGGAGACCUGGUCAAUUUCACUUGAGAAUUUGGUCAAUUUCACCUGGGGAUUUUCUUGUCAAUUUUACUUGGAAUUUUGUCAUUUUCUGUCCGGAUGGUCGGCUCGCUUGGAAUUAUUAUGGGAAUAUUGGAAUAAUUUCUCCAUCCAAGUUAUAAACGGAUUCUUCUCUUGCGGAUUUCUGUCCCGGUGAUUUAUUAAUACACAGGCGACGCGCAUCUUUAGUCAUCGUCUCCUGCAAAGUGCUUUGGCUGGGCUUUGUGGAAUUGCUAUUGUUGAUUUUAUUGAGGGAAAAUAUAUUUUAGCCGUAACCUUUCUGUGGGGAAUUCGUGGGUGUGCAAUGGAUGGCCCGCGGUGCAGUGGGCUUCGCCGGAGUAGGCGAUCCAGAGCUCAGAGAAACCGAGACAGGAAGGCAAAGGGAGGAGGAGGUGGCGGUGGUGGAGGCAGUUCGAGGGCCGUCAGCACUCUAUCCUCAUCGGGGUCUGAGCGAGAGGGCAGCAACAAAAAUCCAGCCUCAUCGCGACCUAGACCUCCCAGACGACGGAGGAAAGACUCGACUUCAGGAGAAGAAGAUCUCAUUGAUGGGUUUGGAAUAGCCAGUUUUGUGACAUUGGAAGCUCUGGAGAAAGACAUUGCGUUAAAACCCCAUGAGCGCUUGGAGAAGCUUCAGAAUCCCCUUGCAAAGAAAAAACGCAACGAACUGCAAAAUGGCUUAAGUUUCCAUGCCAACAAGAAUAGGCACAGCUACCGCCAUGGAAGUUCUGACAGGGAAAAUGACCACAGCUUGAGUCAUGGCCAUGGAAAGCAGAAGCGCUUUCAGAAGAGGCACAGACAGCUCAAGCCUUCCCAACACAGCUGCAGGGACAGCGACAGUGGAAGUAUCAGCAGUGAUUCUAAGGCUUCCAACAGGGGCUGCUCACAUGAAAGACUGAGUGAUAGCUCUGCGCAUUCCAGUUUGGGAACUGGUUAUUUUUGUGACAGUGAAAGUGACCCAGAUGAGAAGUGGAACGUGUUUGAGGCAGGAAGUAAAAUCAGAGAAGUGUACUUUUCCAGAAUGUACUUGGAGCGGCAUAGCGGUGCUGUGAGUAGAGCUGCUGCCUCACGGCUCCAGGUUUCGGAUGCCACUUCUGAGAAACUUUUCAAUACGACCACAAGCAAAGUUACUGACUUCAGUGUCAGUGCACUAACAACAAAUGACACCCGAGAAGCAAGAGGACCGAAUGUCCCCAAGAUAUCAGGGUUAGAACGAAGUCAGGAGAAAAGCCAGGAAGGUUCCAAAGACCAGCUGCUCGUGCUUGCCGUGGCUAAGGAGCCUGCUCCCCAGGCUCAGAACCCACCUCAACCCCAGUCCCUGUCCCUGUCCCAAACCCAGUCCCAAUCCCAAACCCAAACCCAAUCCCAAUCCCAAAUAAAACUGUGCUCUCCACUUCCUGUGCAGAACCAGCUUACACAGAUUCCACCCCUUUCACAGCCAAAGGCUCCACCACCAUCCCAGGCUCAAGCCCAAACCCAGUCGCAGCCCCUCCCUCCGUCCCAGCCCCUCCUUCCGUCCCAGCCCCUCCUUCCGUCCCAGCCUCUCCUUCCAUCCCAAUCUGUACCUGUCCCUCAAACCCAACCCCAGGCCCAACCACAACCCCAAUCCAUAUCUCAGCCCCCAAAUCAAGUCCAGGCUCAAACACCCCAGCACCAGCCUCAAACUCCCCAGCAUCAGCCUCACCCUCAGCCACCAUCUCCUGCUCAGCCAGUUCUUCAAACUCAGCUUCCAUCUCGGCCAACAUCUCGUAGCCUCCCACAAUCUCUCUCUGUCUACAGCAGCAGUCUAAGCCUGAAUAGCAUAAGCAGCAGCAGAAGCAGCACUCCAGUCAAGCCGCAGGCCCCUCCAGCGCACAUCUCCCACCAUCCUUCUACUCCAAGCUUUUCCUUGCCUCUGGGGGCCCACAAUACUUCACAUACCUUCACACCUAGUCUGCAGCCUGCAAACCAUUCACAUCAUCCCACCAUGUUUGCCCCACACACAGCUCUGCCACCACCUCCUCCACUGACAUCAAGUGCACUUCAGGUUCCAGGACAUCCUGCUGGAGCCGGGUAUUCUGAACAAGAACUUCUGCGACAAGAGCUGAACACCAGAUUUUUGGCCUCGCAGAGUGCUGACCGAGGAGCCUCGCUGGGACCGCCACCCUACAUGCGGGCGGAAUUUCACCAGCAUCAACACCAGCACACCCAUCAGCACACCCACCAGCACACGUUUGCGCCAUUUCCGCACACCAUCCCGCCAACGGCCAUCAUGCCAACACCUGCACCACCCAUGGUGCGUACCCAAGGCAGAAAUUUUGACAAAUACCCAACAAAAGUCGAUCCUUUCUACCGACACAGUUUGUUUCAUUCCUAUCCUCCGUCCAUGGCUGGAAUUUCUCCCAUGAUUCCACCUACAGGUCCUUUUGGUUCUCUGCAAGGAGCAUUUCAGCCAAAGACCUCCAAUCCCAUUGAUGUGGCAGGAAGGCCUGGAGCUGUUCCCCAUACCCUCCUGCAGAAAGACCCCAGGUUGACAGAUCCAUUCAGACCAAUGCUGAGGAAGCCUGGCAAGUGGUGUGCCAUGCAUGUUCACAUAGCGUGGCAGAUAUACCAUCAUCAGCAGAAAGUCAAGCAACAGAUACAGUCAGAUCCACACAAACUCGACUUCGGCUUGAAACCCGAAUUCCUGAGCAGACCACCAGGUCCCAACAUGUUCGGAGCUAUCCACCACCCCCAUGAGCUGGCUCGCCCUGCAACCCUCUUCUCCACUGCUGGCACCACACAUCCGACUGGAAAUCCCUUUGGACCUUCGCCUCAUCACAACAGCUUCCUGAGUCCGGCUGCUCACUUAGAGCCAUUUAAUAGACCAAGUGGUUUGACUGGUCUGAGAUCCUUAAGUAACAGCGCCUUUGGUGGACUGGGGAACCCUUCAAUCACAUCCAACACAAUGUUCAGCCACAAAGAUGGCCCCAGUAUGCAGAGCUUUAGCAAUCCUCAUGAGCCUUGGAAUCGACUCCACCGAACGCCACCUUCGUUUCCAACCCCACCCCCUUGGCUGAAGCCAGGGGAGGCAGAGCGCAGUUCCUCUGUAGCCGCUCAUGACAGAGAUAGAGAUGUAGAAAAACGAGACUCUACCGUUAGUAAAGAUGAAAAAGAAAGGGAUACUAUGGAGAAGCGACACUCCACCCAUACUUCAUCUCCGUCUGUAAAUCAAGUUAAUUCUUUGGGACACAACCGUAGUUCCACUGAGCACAACAGAAAUCAUGUAAAUAGUGAACUGCGUGAUAAGGAAAAGCCAAGAGAACGAGAACACACAGAUACUUGGAAGGACUCGUCUGUUGAUGAACACAAAGUUAAAGAAAACCAUGCUCCUGAUAAGGAGAGCCUGGGACUGGAUGGCAGGAUUGGGGAGGACUCCAACAAGCAUAUGAACAGAGUCAAUUCACCUUACAUCAGACUGCCAAGCACAGACAGCACAAGGGCCAACAGCUACGCCAACAGAGAAGUAGAUCGGAAAAGUGAGUCUUCAUAUGACCAUCAGAAGAAAAAUAAUGAAAUUAAAGUAAAGGAGGAACGGAAGGAAGACAACGACAUUAUUUCAGAGGUGAUUCAGACACAAAGGCCCUCCGAGCACUCCCAGCCCACUUCAUUGCCCAGUGUUCAUCCUAGCCCCUCGAUGACCUCCAUGCCUAUGGCUAUGGCCAUGAGUGGGGUGCAUCCCAUGAAUAGCAUUAAUACACUGGACAGGACACGGAUGGUAGCUCCCUUUAUGGGGAUUAGCCCAAUACCUGGAAGUGAGCGCUUUCCAUAUCCUCCUUUCCAUUGGGAUCCAAUGAGGGAUCCUUUGCGAGAUCCAUACAGGGGGUUGGACAUUCAUCGCAGAGAUCCACUAGCCAGAGACUUCUUAUUGAGAAGUGACCCCUUGCAACGACUGUCAACACCAAGGUUUUAUGAAGCAGAACGCUCUUACAGGGAUAGGGAGCCCCACGACUACAACCGUGAUCAUCCAUUAGCUAUGGAUCCCAGACGUGAGCAUGAAAGGAUGAGCCACUUGGAAGAACGAGAAAGACUGAACAUGCUCAGAGACGACUACGAACAUGGACGCCUUCAUCCCAUCCACGCAGCUGCCCUGGAUGGUCACAUGCCUCAUCCCAGUCUUUUAACACCAGGACUUCCUAGCAUGCACUACCCUAGAGUGAGCCCUUCAGCAGCUCACCAGAAUGGCAUCCUCAAUAAGACUCCUCCCACAGCAGCUCUGAGUGCUCCUCCCCCUCUCAUACCGACAGGUGGGGCACGUGCUGGUUCUCCUAGAAGGACUACUCCUUUGACUAGCACAGAGGCAAGAGACAGGCCCCCUUCUCACACACACAAAGACAUUGAAGCACGAUAAUACAGACAUGGAAAAAUAAAUGAAGGUAACUAUUAAGGACAUCCUUCAAUCAAGGCCACUUUUGUAGUGUGAUAACCCACCGAAUAAAGCAUUGGACUUCAAUGAACAGUAAUCAGUGGGUGUGGCCUUCACCAACGUAAAAAUGUAAAAUUACUUUGCAGAAAAUACACUUUUGUACAUUUUAAGCUUAAAUUUUGCAAAUGUUUAAUGUCAAUUUGUUCCUUUCUUCCUGUUAAUUUUAUUUGUAGUAUAUAUAUAAAAAUGUGUUGUGAAGAAAGAGCAAACUAAAAAGAGUAAGUGGUAUAUUUAUCAAGGAAUUGGGUAUGUGGUAAAUGAGGAGGCCUAAGAAGAAAAGCUAAAUUGUCUUUGAAGAGUUAUGGUUAAGACCUGGAUUGAAGGAAUCAAGCUGUAUAGAUGACUGUAUAGAGGAAGUUCCAUGGCUGAAUGGUACAUAUAUGCAAAAAGGAAAAGACAAAAAAGCUUUACCAUGUACAAAUGUAAAUACAUUGAAGGGCGGCUGUUUGACAGUCAGUUCAGAAGCAUCGGACAAAGCGUGCUAUUGGGAGAUUAAUUAUCUGUUAACACAGUCUGCUUGUGCUGUGUUGGAUAACUUUUUGUGGCUGUACAGAUAUUCCCAACUAUGCAAGCAGGUGAAUGCCCCGGCUUUUCAUGCAAAAGUCUGCAUUCCUCAAUGGAGCCUUUUCAACACAAUUCAUUUAACCGCGUCUAGCACAUUACAUUGUGUCUAAGGAUUGUAAACUAUGUUAAUGAAGUAAAAUUAGUUCUGUUGGUCUAAUAGUGUAUUAAAGUGCUAUCUGAAGUUGUUUAUUCUGUUUUGAAAAAAUUCUAUCUAUGACAGUUGUUUCUUAUGAGCAGAGAUCUAUUUUAGUAGUCACCUGAAGGUUUAGUUGUGCGCUUCAAAUUUGUGAACUCCUGAUGUUGUGCAGUGUUUUUGAGAAACAAAAAAAAUAAUGUACACUGGAUCAGUAGUGCUAGAACUCAAUAUUGCCUAUAGACUUUCAUUUGCAGAUAUGCUGUUUAUCAUGUACGUAAUGAAGUCCUUUACAGAUCCUAUUGUAAAGUGAAGCGACUCUGAAUCUUCGGCAUGUGCUUCAUAAACAAAACUUGUGUUAUGUAAAUUGUGCCAUGUUAUUAAAAAAUUGA